AUGACUGACCUUGGAGAUGGAGUGGAUUCCAGGAUUGAGCAAGAUCCAUUCCAGAUAAAAGCCAAGCAAUAUGUCAAUGGUGAUGAACUGGAAGGGAAGAACAAGGGGGAGCACAACAGAAUCCACAUAGUGGAGAAGUCAUAUAAAUAUUCAGAGUGUGGAGAGAACAUCCGUCAGAGCUCCCAGUCCACCUCCCGUCAAAGAAAGAGCUUCGUUCAGAGGGAUAGCCUUACUUCACAUGAAAGAGCACAGAGUAGGGAGAAACCCUAUCAGUGCUUGGAAUGUGGCAAGAGCUUUAAUCAAAGCACAAAUCUCACUUCCCAUCAAAGAAUUCAUACAGGGGAGAAACCCUAUUACUGCUUGGAAUGUGGGAAGAGUUUCACUAAUAGCUCCCAUCUGACUUCCCAUCGCAGAAUUCAUACAGGGGAGAAACCCUAUCAGUGCUUGGAAUGUGGAAUGAACUUCAGUCAAAGGGCCAAGCUCACUUUGCAUCACAGAAUGCAUACUGGGGAGAAACCCUAUCAGUGCUUGGAAUGUGGAAAGAGCUUUAGUCAAAGUGCACAUCUCACUUCCCAUCAAAGAAUUCAUACAGGGGAGAAACCCUAUCAUUGCCUGGAAUGUGGGAAGAGCUUUAUUCGCAGGUACAGUCUCACUUGCCAUCAAAGAAUUCAUACAGGAGAAAAACCCUAUCAGUGCUUCGAAUGCGGGAAGAGCUUUGGGGAGGGGGCCAAACUCACUUUGCAUGAAAGAACUCAUACAGGGGAGAAACCCUAUCAGUGCUUCGAAUGCGGGAAGAGCUUCAGUCAGAAGGUGAAUCUCACUUUCCAUCAAAUAAUUCAUACAGGGGAGAAACCCUAUCACUGCUUGGAAUGUGGAAAGAGCUUCAGGCAGAAGGUGAAUCUCACUUCCCAUCAAAGAAUCCAUACAGGAGAGAAACCCUAUCAGUGCUUGCAGUGUGGAAAGAGCUUCAGUCAGAGGCAUAGUCUCACUUCGCAUCAAAGAAUACAUACAGGAGAGAAACCCUAUCAGUGCUUUGAAUGUGGAAAGAACUUCCGGGAGCGGAAGCAGCUCACUUUGCAUCAAAAAACUCAUACAGGGGAGAAACCCUAUCACUGCUUGGAAUGUGGAAAGAGCUUCAGUAAGAUGGCUAAUUUCACUUCCCAUCGCAGAAUUCAUACAGGGGAGAAACCCUAUCACUGCUUGGAAUGUGGAAAGAGCUUCAGGCAGAAGGUGAAUCUCACUUCCCAUCAAAGAAUCCAUACAGGAGAGAAACCCUAUCAGUGCUUGCAGUGUGGAAAGAGCUUCAGUCAGAGGCAUAGUCUCACUUCGCAUCAAAGAAUACAUACAGGGGAGAAACCCUAUCACUGCUUGGAAUGUGGAAAGAGCUUCAGUAAGAUGGUGAAUUUCACUUCCCAUCGCAGAAUUCAUACAGGGGAGAAACCCUAUCAGUGCUUGGAAUGUGGAAAGAGCUUCAGUAAGAUGGUGAAUUUCACUUCCCAUCGCAGAAUUCAUACAGGGGAGAAACCCUAUCAGUGCUUGAAAUGUGGAAAGAGCUUCAGAAGGAGCUCCCAUCUCAGUUGCUAUCAAAGAAUUCAUACAGUGGGGAAACCAAAAAAGAGAAAUAAAAGAAAAAAUAUUAAACAACCCUUACAAAAUACAAUUGUAUAGAAAAGAGAAAGGGGGGGGGGAUAUAAACUAAAAAUACUGUUUAUGACAUUUGUGUCAUAUAUAUCAUAUCAUUCGUCAACACAUAGAAAGGCAGGCUCCCCCACUUCUCCCCUGUGUGACCCCCUCUUCUCCCCGUAUCCCACCCAGAGAGAUCCUUCCUUCCCUGCUUUCCUUGCAGGUCCCUCGGACCUCCAACUGUCCUCUUCGUAUGUGUGUCCUCCUAAAUUCAAAAUAAAGGAAUCUUAAUAUAAAAUAUUAAAAAUAUAAAAAAUUACUAAAAAAUAGAUGAUGAUGAUGAUC